AUGUUAUCUGCCCAUUUAAUCCGAAAUCUCCGGAAUGCUAGUAAACUCGCAUCUGUAGCUGGUCCAAAUGCUGACCGGAUUGUAAAUGUAAAAUGGAGUGAUGGCAAAACCGGAGAAUUCCCACUCAUAUGGCUGCGUGAUACUUCUCCAGAUGCAGCAACAUACACAAUUUCUCCGGCAAUGACCGCCCGUAAUUUGACAAUGUUGGAGUUUGAUGUAGAGCAGAAGGCGAGGAAAUUGUGGAUCGACGGAGAUGGAGAUUCUCUGAAAAUUGAGUGGGAUUCGGGAGUUUUGAGUACAUUCCCAUCAGAAUGGCUCCAGAUGCGGAACCCAUCAGAUCAAGAAGCAAGAAAACGAAGAAGGAAGGUGUAUUUGUUUCCGGAAGAGACUUGGGGAAAAGAGGAAAUUGAGAAGAAGCUGAAAAGGUUCAGCCAUGAAGAGUUUAUGAAGAAUGACCGAGUUGUUCAUGACUUCCUUGAAGCUGUUUGUAUUGAUGGAAUUGCUGUGCUCAAAGGAGCUCCACAGGGCGCUCGAGGAGCAAUUGAAGCGAUUGGAGACCGUAUUGGAAUGAUCAAAAGAACACAUUUCGGAAUCGUAUUCGAAGUGAGCACGAAAGCUGAUGCUUCAAAUAUGGCUUACGCUUCAAACGGAGGACUUCCAUUCCACACAGAUUUUCCAUCGUUGUCUCAUCCACCACAGCUCCAAAUGCUUCAUAUGCUACAAAGUGCGGAAGAGGGCGGGAACAGUUUGUUUGUGGAUGGAUUCCAUGUGGCUGAACAGUUGAGAGUGGAGAACCCAGAAGUCUUCCGUAUUCUGACAACUCAUUCGAUGGAAUACAUUGAGGAGGGAUACGACAUUCAUGAAAUUAAUGGAAAGGAGUUCAGAUUUGACUAUGAUAUGUGUGCGAGACACAAGGUUAUCCGGUUGAAUGACGAGGGAAAGGUUAAUAAGAUUCAAUUUGGAAAUGCAAUGCGAAGUUGGUUCUAUGAUUGUGAACCAAACCAAGUUCAGAAUGUUUAUAGAGCCAUGAAAACUUUCACCGAUCAUUGCUAUCAACCCAGAAACGUUCUGAAAUUCCGAUUGGAAGACGGAGAUACCGUAUUGUGGGCAAACCAACGUCUUCUACAUACAAGAGAUGGAUUCAAGAAUGCUCCAGGAAAAUCGAGAACCCUGACUGGAUGCUACUUCGAUUGGGAUAUUGUCAAGUCACGGGUUCGCCAUUUGCGGGAUAAAUUGGAGCUUGAGCAGAACCAACCCUCUGCUUAG